GAUGAUGAUGAGUGCGUGUGUGCGCAAAAAGGAUCUAAAUAUAAGCUGGUGACAAAUAAUCCAAAUACAGUAGCAACCCAACUGUGAUGUGUGGGUGGUGCUGAGAGAGAACAGCUCCAGCUCCAAAGUCCCGCUCUGUCGGAUCUGGAGUCCGUGAGGAGGAGGAGAGUGACGCACACCUGCGCACCUGCACACCUGCACUCCAGGACUUUUUCUUUCUGUUUUCCAUUGAUUGUCUUCAUGAUCAUGAAAAGACAAAACGCCAGGACUCUCGCCCUCAUCAUCAGCAUCCUCACCUACCUGGUGGUCGGAGCCGCCGUCUUCGAGACCCUGGAGUCCAAACAGGAGAAAAGUCACAAGAGGAGGCUCGACGCCAGAAAGUACGAGCUAAUGCGCAAAUACAACUUAACCAAAGCGAAUUUCGAGGAGCUGGAGCUCGUCGUCCUGCAGCUCAAACCCCACAAGGCAGGAGUGCAGUGGAAAUUCGCUGGCUCCUUUUACUUCGCCAUCACUGUGAUCACGACAAUCGGUUACGGCCAUGCAGCGCCCAGCACCGAUUCAGGGAAAGUGUUCUGCAUGUUCUACGCCCUCCUGGGGAUCCCCCUCACCCUGGUCAUGUUCCAGAGCCUGGGCGAGCGGAUCAACACGUUGGUCAGGUACCUGCUGCACCAAGCCAAGAAGUGCGUGGGAAUGCGUCAGACGGAGGUCUCCAUGGCAAACAUGGUGACGGUGGGCUUCUUCUCCUGCAUGAGCACCCUGUGCGUGGGGGCCAUGGCGUUCUCUCAGUGCGAGGGCUGGAGCUUCCUGCACGCAUUCUACUACUGCUUCAUCACGCUCACCACCAUUGGCUUCGGAGACUACGUGGCUCUGCAGAGGGACGACGCGCUGCAGAAUGACCCGCGCUACGUGGCCUUCUGCUUUGUUUACAUCCUGAUGGGCCUGACGGUGAUUGGAGCGUUCCUGAACCUCGUGGUGCUUCGCUUCCUCACCAUGAACACAGAGGAUGAGCGGCGGGACGCCAAAGAGAAGGCCUUGAUGACUGUGACAAAGUCCCGAGGGGAGGUGGCUCGUCUCAUACCUGUCUCCGCCUCCUCCACAGCUGUAGCAGACAACACUAGAAAGGCUAAAGAUUUAAAAGGUGUCUACACUGAGGUGCUUCAUUUCCAGACUAUAUGCUCGUGCCUGUGGUACAGCAGCAAAGAGAAGCUCCAGGGCUCCGUCACAAUCCCGCAGGAGCUGACAUUCUCCGAUGCCCACUUGCAGCAGAACAGCAACUGCCCUCACUACAUGGAGCCUGUAUCAUCAGGCUGUGUUUGCAGUCCACGUCAGUGCACAAGCAUAAACUCCAUAACAACGGGCCUACACAUUCUCUCUCCAUUCAGGGUGUUUAAGAGACGCAGCUCCGUCUAGCCUUUCAAAACUGCAGAUUUCACAAAUACGUCUUCACUGCCAAGUGGACAACGAAUACACAGUAGUCUUCAAAGCAAAUCUUUGUGGUGCUAUAAUCCCAGCAACAGUAGGAGCCAUAGAUAAAGGGGGGAGAGCACAUGCAGCUCUGUAAACAGCCAAAUCUUACACAGCAGUGUUUUUGAGUUGAGGAUCGCUGAUGAACACGUGAGCAUGUGCUGUUGACCGUCAUUUGUGUGUUUAAACAUGAGCGCGUGAUGUUUGCAGCUGCUGCAGGGGACGAGGAAACAUGCUGCACAGAGGCAGUUCCAGUUUCAUGAUGAUUUCAUUGGGGGCAGCCCAUGGCCAAGUGGAAAGGGAACUUAACUUAUAACCAGA